CCCGCCCUGCGGCUCUUCCUCGCGUCGCUGCUGCAGUAAAACCCACGGAAACAGACGGAAAAUAGGUUAACGCUGCUGCUGUGUCAAAACCAGCCUUUUCUGUACAAAACAACGAGACCAAGAGCAGAAUUUUCCUCUUAUAUUUGUGCUUUCAUUUAUUGCUGUUCAUUUCCGAGGGGGAAUUCCGUCGCACAGGCAGCAACAUGGGAAAUGAGGCAAGUUAUCCCCUGGAAAUGUGCUCACAUUUCGAUGCUGAUGAGAUUAAAAGGCUGGGAAAGAGGUUUAAGAAACUCGACCUAGAUAAUUCAGGAUCCCUCAGUGUGGAAGAGUUCAUGUCUUUGCCCGAGUUACAGCAGAAUCCGCUGGUGCAGAGAGUCAUCGAUAUAUUCGACACGGAUGGCAACGGCGAGGUGGAUUUCAAAGAGUUUAUAGAGGGCGUCUCACAGUUCAGUGUGAAGGGUGAUAAAGAAAUGAAGCUCCGCUUUGCUUUUAGGAUCUAUGACAUGGACAAGGAUGGCUACAUUUCCAACGGGGAGCUGUUCCAGGUGUUGAAGAUGAUGGUGGGCAACAACCUGAAGGACACGCAGCUGCAGCAGAUCGUGGAUAAGACCAUCAUCAAUGCAGACAAGGACGGGGAUGGAAGAAUAUCUUUCGAGGAAUUCUGUGCUGUUGUUGGAGGUCUCGAUAUACACAAGAAGAUGGUCGUGGAUGUGUGAGCGAGUCCAUCUCCACCAGAUCUGCUUUCCUCUCCAUCUCUGACGAUCUGCUCAAAACAUCCAGCAAAUGCUCUCUGUGUAUUUCAAUGGAAGUAUUUAAGCCACUUUUGUCAAAUAGAAGCCUUGUCAACGUGUGCGUGUUAUUGAACUCCAAUCUGCUCAAUAACCUGCUGUAGCACUUUAUGGGCUUAUGGACACUGAAAGAGCAUGUCAGUUAAAGAGGAAAGAGCAUUGGCUUGUCCAUAUUUAUUUAGGUUUUUUUAAUGCUUCUUUUUUUUAAUAUUUAUUUUGUUUCAUCUCUUUCUUUUUUUUUUUUUUAAAGUUAAGUAUAAUAUAAAUAAGUAUACGUAGGGUAUGACGUGCCAAGCAGAACAUACAGAACAAACGUACAGUCACCACCGUCAUGUUCAAAAGCUUGUUCCAUUGCAUGACGUAAUGAUGCAAUGUUUGCUUUUUUCCUGUUACGCUUUGUGAUAUACUCUAUUUCUAUCAUUCUAGCAUUUUGGAUUUUAGCAUCUAACCAUGUUUAAUACCUGUUUUUGUAUUAAUCGUGAUAUAAUGUUUAUGUAUAAAUGUUUAUAUUGUUGGAAAGUGCAUCUUCAGGUCUGAAUCGUUGAGACAGUCCAGCAGAAAGUUACCAAGAAACAAAAUACGAUUUGGUUUACUUCAAUAACGCUUCAUGUGAAACACAACGAAUAGGUUUGUUCAUAUGAUAAUCCCAGCAUACGGUGGUCACAAAUAGUAUUUGGACACUAAAGUCACAAUAGCGAUGUCUGAAUGUCACUGCAGUAGAAAACUCAAUAUCAAAGCAAGAUCUUUCCUCAGCAUUAACUUCAGUUUUCUGAGACAAUGACUUUUAAACUGGUGUUUGUCAGUUCUCACAGGCUUUUUGUCACAUUGAAAAGGUCUAUAUAUGUAGAAUUCAAAAACCCUUAUUAUUAGCGACACCGGUGGCCAUUAAGUGAACUGCAUACUGUGUGCUUUCUUCUCAAUAACAAAAUAAACACAACAAAAAUGACAGCAGUAAGAAAACGGCAGUAAAGAAAUCAUCUGAUCAUAGUGAUGUGGAUUUGUUAGUAAAAGCUCUGCAACUCACCGGCAUCAUGUCGACAGGUGAGGUAAUUAACUUAUGAUCGUUUAAGUAUAUUUGAGACUAUAGUUUGAAUAAAUCCCUUUUCUUUGCAUGACACAUUGACAUUACAAUACAGAAUAACUCUUUUUGGGUCAUUGUAAGCAUUAAUUAGCCUUUUUCACACUUCCGGGUUUCCAGUGCUUGGCAUCGCAGGGUAAAUUUACUUCCGGCGACGUCAAAACGUAAGUGUUUUAAGAGACUACAUUAAAUAUAUUUUCCACAAUAGUAUUUUCCCAACUUUCAAAAGAGGAAAAAAAAUAAAUGGAGAUUGAUAACGGCAAUAAGAAGAGAGAAAGAUUUCAAUUUGACGUCACUCCCUAUUACAAACACCCGCACAGCAGCGUAAACUAAUUUUUGUGUAAUUUGAUGCAAAUUAUAAUGUUAUUAUGAAUGUACAUACAAUUUAAAAAUGAAAAUAUAAACUUUGAGGGGCUCUCGGCAGCGCGCGUUGUAACCGUCACAGCCUCUUGAUUUUCCCGGCAAAAACGUCCCGAAGUCUUUGACUUAAAAACCAGUCAGGCUGGAAAGUGUCGUUUUUUUAAGUUUCGUUACAAGCAUUUCACACGUGGCAAUAAAAAAGCGAUUAAUACAUGAAAAUUAUUACAUAAAGUUACGUAAAAUCCAACAAACCUACUAAAUUUGUUCGAAUAUAUUGCUUAAAAAUAAGCUCUCUCACAAUGACACUUGCUUUGAUUUUUCAUAUAAUGUGACUGAAGUGCCCAAACCUUUUUGGGACUGCCGUGUAUCUAAUAAUCUAUAACACAUGGAUGAUUUUCAUGUCCAUCUUUUGUAUACUCACAUGUAAAUGCAGCAGGAUACCCUUGUGCUUUGGUAAACAUAUGUAUUACACAGUUGAUUGACAUCCACAGGCAUUCAAUACAGUACAAAAUGGGUAUAGUCAAGUAUAAUAUUUUCAACAAGACUACGGACUACUACGAAAAUGAAUUUAGCCUACUCUUGAAUGUUUACAUGCAUGACAGGAGCAGCUUAACCAAAUUCAUCACUGGUCUAUUUACUCUGAUCUCAGCAUAUCAACCAAUCUUUGAGGCUUCUGCUGUGUUAACCAGUUCAUUUCUGCAUGUUUAUCAGUUUCACCUAUUGUAAUUCUUUAUACUCAAGCUGUGAAAGUUAUAUCCAAUAUCAGAAGAACCAUGAAUGCAUUACAUAUGUUGCCAAAUUAGAAACAAACGUUUUCUUCAGUCAUGGUCAGGUCACAUCAUUUGCCCUUUGUUUUGUAAAUACAUCUUUUAAGCAAGUCAUGGUUUAAUAAAAUUAAUUUUUCUGCAACUUUUGCUGAAUUAAAUGGGUAUCUCCUACACAUGAAGGCACAAUAAACACGUCGGUUAUGGGAUGUCUUUUCUGCAUGCUGCAUCUAACUACUAUGGGAUAUAUGGACUACUUGAUACUGUAUGAAACAAUAAACAUUUAAAACUUGA